CGUUGAGAGUCGGUCUUUUCACACCAGCAGGGACACUGUGCACCCACCGAGAGAGAUUCACCAUGGCCUCAGCACUGAAUUGCACAUCCUUUAUGUUGUGUUUUAUUUAUUUUUCGUUACUGUUUGCAAGUGUAUGUUGCGACGCUGAUGCAGAAGAAGAUGAGCAUGCCAAGCACACGUACACGGUGGAGAUGUUCAACGAGGCGGUGCCCACUGCACCCCACUUUGUCAUGUUUUACGCCCCAUGGUGCGGCCAUUGCCAGAGGUUACAGCCAGCAUGGAAUGAACUGGCUGACAAAUACAACAGCAUGGACGAGCCCCCUGUGUAUGUGGUAAAAGUAGACUGCGUCCCGGACACCAAGUUCUGCUCCAAUGUCCACGGGGUUAGGGGCUACCCCACGCUGAAGUUGUUCAAGCCAGACCAGGAGGCAGUUAAGUACCAAGGGCCUAGAGAUCUACAGUCUCUGGAGACCUGGAUGCUGAAGACACUCCAGGAGGAGCCUUCAGAACCAGAGAGUGAACCGGAGCCUCCUAAAGCCCCAGAGCCCAAACAGGGCAUGUAUGAGCUCACUGCCCUCAACUUUAAGACCCACAUAGCCAAAGGUGGCCAUUUUGUGAAGUUCUUUGCCCCGUGGUGUGGUCACUGCAAAGCCAUGGCCCCAACCUGGGAGCAGCUGGCCACCACCUUUGAGCACUCUGAUGACGUAAAGAUAGGAAAGGUGGACUGUACACAGCACUAUGAGGCGUGCUCUGAGAAUGGCGUCCGUGGAUAUCCCACGCUGCUCUUCUUCUACAACGGACAGAAGACCGAUCAGUACAAAGGAAAAAGAGACCUGGACUCCUUCAAGGACUUUGUAGACAACCAGCUGAAGGCUGCCGUCACGCAGGAGCAAGUACAGGAACCGAGUGAGGAACAAAAAGCCAACGAGAUCCCCACUGAUGAGCCAGCCAAAGAGGAGUCCAGCGUGUUGGACCUCACGGAGAACAACUUUGACGAGACAGUGGCCAAGGGCUUCACCUUCAUCAAAUUCUACGCUCCAUGGUGUGGCCACUGUAAGAACCUCGCUCCAACAUGGGAGGACCUUUCCAAAAAGGAGUUUUCUGGCCUCACUGACGUCAAGAUAGCCAAAGUGGACUGCACUGUUGAGCGCACACUCUGCAACAAGUACUCUGUUCGAGGGUACCCCACCUUGAUCAUGUUCAGGGCGGGGGAGCAGGGUGACGAGCACCAUGGCGGCCGGGACCUGGAGAGCCUGCACAGCUUUGUGAUGAGGCAGGCGAGAGACGAGUUGUAGAAACGGCAAAGUCAGCACUCCACUCUCCACCACUCUGCUCGUCCACACUGCAUAUCUGGCCAGUAGGACACCACUCUCUCUCCCUCAGUAGCCAAACCUCUCUCUAUCUUUCUCUCUACUCGGGUUCUCUUCAGAAAGGAGUCAGCAAUGACAGACUGCAGUCUGUUCUUUCUCCUGUGUUCAAGGACAGAAUGAUUCAGUAGAGUGUUUUGGGAUGUGAAUGUUUCUCAUUGCUGUUGCCAAACCUUAAACUCCCAAUAUGGAGAAUACUAUCGUAUUGGUUGGCUCUGUAAAUGAAGUAAUAUGUCGGACAACCACUUGCAAGCACUGCUAAGUCAAUCAGAACCAUAAUUCCUCGCACAGAUAAAAUGUAUUUGAUUAGGAUGGUAGCACUAAAGGACAGAUGUCCCAGUGUCUGCCUGUUAUAGAAAACCAAUUGUUUCUGAUGAACUUCUGAUGCCAUUUUACCUUUUUUUUUUUUUUAAAUGCUAAAUUUUUUACAUGGGAUCUGUUGUUAAAUCACAAGCCAUUAAUGUUACGGUACUGGCAGGCAGAAGUUUGUGAAGUUAGUGUCACCCAAAUGUGAAGUUUGAGUGUUAAGUUGAGGGUACUUUGAAUCCAUGCCAGUGAUGGCCAAUCUGACUUAACUCUCAGGGAAACGCCCGCACACUAGAAGAAGAAGUGAUGGAGGCAUCAUUUUUAUCACGGGUCUGAUGAUGGAAUAUGGACUAUUUUCUCUUAAUGAUGAGGCAAGAUCAAGCUGAAUUAAAAAAGGCUUGGUAAACUAAGCAUCUUACCCUUUUUCUGACUCCUGUGAUCUCAAUCAGCCUUCCCUCUCUACUUCUGCUAGCAUUCAGGGUCUCAGGCCUGGACCAUGUUGCCCCAUAUCUCCAUUACUGAGCUUUUGUCAGUUACUACUUUCAUUAAAUCUGGCCCUUCAUUUUAUUCUCAAAUGUAGUACCAAGGUGUGUUGGUAUGUGUUGUGGUACUGUAUAUCCCUCAGGCCAGGCCCGUGUUCAAAGCAUUUGGGAACCAGUAAGUGGAGCAGGAGAAGACCGUAGAAGGUUAGGACCUUUUGCAUGAGAAAUUAAGCUCCAUUUUGGUUGUGGCACUGAACUCUGGUCAUCUUUUCGAGGAAGUUAUAGUUUUUAUCAGAGCUUUUACAACUUUACUUCUGUAGUUGGACGUGUUUGUAAUUCACUGUAGAUCAGUGUCAGGUGGGCUAACUACCAUAUCAUCUUUCUGACUGAUUGUGAUCCAUUCUUCCCGAUAGUGAUUAAACCAGCUGCAUCUUGGGUCUAUAUAAUUCAUUUUUCCUGCUCCCAAAUACUUUUCUAAAAAACCACGCUGUGAAGCCAGCAUAUUUAGGCCCCUAAAACUGGGGACUGAAUAGAUGGGUAUAGUUUGGCUUUGCUACAUGGAUAGUGGGGGUGAGCUGGUUGUAAGAUACAGCUACACCAGCUGCUGGUUUCUAAGUCUCACUGAUCUGGAAAAAGAUGCAUCAUUUAUCGAUUUCAACCAUAACUUGGCUGGUCUUAAUUUCCCACUGUGACUGUAGCCACUCUUCAAAUGAAUUAUUCAAACUUAAGUCUGCUGUAUCAUAACCAUCAACCCACAAAUCCAACUACAGAAGGUUAAUCGGUGUUUUAAAGGUUCAACAGUCAUGUCAUCCGUCAAAGACCUGGUUCUAAUAGCAUUUGCAGUUUCUUUUCAGUGCAUCUUUUGUGACUAACUGUGACUUCAGCCACCUGUUAGGCCGGGCCUGUUACACUGCAAAUGCUCUUCGACCCUGGUUAUGUGAAAAGAAUGUGCUGCACGAUGCAGGGCAUCAUUUGACAACACAGGUACACAAACAGUCAGAGACACAGCAGUUUUUUUUUGUCAGUAAAACUUUUUUAUGAAUAGCACAUGGUCUAAGGAACUCCAGUGACAGAAGUAUUUUUUUUCCUUGCAAGUCAUGGGUUGUACACUACCCAUGGAUUUUGUACAAAAAGAGUGAAUAAUGGCAAGUUGUAACAUGAGAUUUCAUAAUAAAAAAUUCAAAAAUAA